AUGUUCAUGUGCCCCACCUGCUCCACAAAGCCAGGCCUGUACUUACACCAUUCUCGUGCUCCCAGUUGGGCAAAGUCAGUUUGGGCAAAGUGUAUGGCCGGUUCUGUGGGUGGCUGGCCCGCUUGUUGGCUGACUAGACAGGUGGUGGUUAUGAGAAAUCGUGGGGGGGGGAGUGGGUUCCGAAAAGUUGACGUUGGUGGAGCAGCUGGCAAUGCUAAUCGUGCCUCUGGUGGUGUCCGUGCAGGGGCUGCUGGCACUGUUGGUUGUGCUCCUGGGGCCAGGUUUGGUGAAGACGAAGUGGAAAUUAGAAAGAAUAAUUGCUGGAUUGUCAGCUCGGCGUGGUUGUCGGGCUGGAAGGCUGUCGAACAAGUUUUUUUGCAUGUCUUUGCAGAAUUCUGCUUGUGCCCCUGCGGAUGA